CUUAUACGGAACUCAGACAGUGAUUGCCUGCUCGAGCUCGCAUAUUGUUUUGUGGUCGGCUUUUUGCAAUACAUGUUCCAGUGCAUCAGUGUAUUUUAAAAUUCAAAGAGUGCAGUCCUUUAUUAUAAAAUAAAAAUGCUUUACAUUUUAGUUUUGUUAGUGAUUAUCUUUUAUUUGUAUGGUGUAAGAACUUUCGGUUACUGGAAGAAACGUGGAAUAAAAAAUGAUCAUCCUUUACCAUACUUUGGGAAUAAUUUUAAACAAUUCUUUCAAAAAAGCAGCUACGCUAUGACUGCAACAGAAAUGUACAAAAAAUAUCCAGAAGAAAAAGUCGUCGGUUUCUUUAGAAGUACUGCACCUGAGCUCGUAAUACGGGAUCCUGAUUUAGCGAAAAGAAUUCUAGUUACGGAUUUCCAGCACUUUUAUGCCAGAGGAUUUAAUACACAUAAAACUGUGAUCGAACCUUUACUGAAAAAUUUAUUUUUCGCUGAUGGAGAUUUAUGGCGAUUAAUAAGAAAACGUUUCGGCUCAGCUUUCAGUACAGGUAAAAUUAAGGCUAUGUUUCAUAUAAUAGCUGAGAGGGCAGAAAAGCUGCAAUUACUAGCAGAAGAAGUUGAAUAUUUAGAACAUUAUGAUGUGAGAGAGCUAAUGGCAAGGUAUACUACAGAUUUUAUUGGAGCUUGUGGUUUUGGUAUAAAUAUGGAUUCUUUGAAUAACGAGAAUUCGGAAUUUAGGAGACUUGGAAAAAGAAUAUUCCAUAGAACACCCAGAGAUGCUGCUGCAGCUGCUUUAAAAUUCAUUUUCCCCGAAUUAUGCAAAAAUAUUCAUUUUUUGGCGCCAGAUUUAGAGGAAUCAGUCUGUGCAUUAGUCAAACAGAUUUUACAAGCAAGAAACUACAGUCCGUGUGGUAAUAAUGACUUCAUAGAUUUGAUGUUGGAAUUAAAAAAGGAAGGAAAUAUUUCAGUGGAAUCUUUAGAACAAAAAGACGAGAAUGGGAGAGCUAAACAAGUUGAGCUCAAACUUGACGACUUGUUACUAACUGCGCAGAUUUUUUUAUUUUUUGGCGCUGGUUUUGAAACCUCUUCAACGUCUUCUAGUUUUACAUUACAUCAGCUGGCAUUCAACUCCGAUCAUCAAAAGAAAGUACAAGAAGAAAUUGAUAGAGUCCUUCUAAAGCAUGAUAAUAAAAUUACAUACGAUGCUGUAAACGAAAUGCAUUAUCUAGAAAAAUCGUUUUACGAAGCCAUGAGGAUGUAUCCACCAGUUGGAUUUUUGAUGCGCCAAUGUACUACGCCUAAAUACACUUUUCCUGAAAUAGGAUUGACUAUAGAUGAGGGCGUGAAAGUCAUUAUACCAAUUCAAGCCUUUCACAGAGAUGAAAAAUAUUUCCACGACCCAAAUGUAUACAAUCCUGACAGGUUCACUAGUGCCCAAGACAUGAAAACUAAUUACUUCUUGCCCUUUGGAGAUGGUCCAAGAGCUUGCAUCGCUGCCAGACUAGGAAAGCUCUUAGCUAUGGCCGGUAUAGCUGCUAUUCUUCAAAAGUUCAGCGUAGAACCAUGCGAAAAAAGUAAAUUGGAACCCAUACCGGAUCCCAUGGCGAUAGUUUCGGAAGGUUUUAUCGGUGGAUUACCACUUAAACUGAGGAAAAGAGAAUUGAUUGGUACCCUGAACUGAUGGAUGAUAAAUCAAUACUUACGAUAAAAUUAUACCUACUACGUAGCAAGAGAUGACGCAAUAUCAGCAGGAAGAUGAGGCAGGAGCCGAAAAAGGUGCCCGCAUUGCAUAUAAUGGACUAAGAGCCCGCGAAGGCCAGACCUUCGUUAUUUUAUAAAACCUGAAAGUUUCUCUGCGUAUUGUCCCCAACACAGGAAGGAACGAUCAGUGACUAUCGAGUUUGGAUCAUGUUGGCUUUGGGUGAUAACAGGUAUAAAAAAUCUUUCG